AAUAUAUGUGAUGCCAUGUCUCCAGUGAGUCCACAACAGGUUCUUUACACCAUCAGCAUGUCUCCAACCAGUCUGAUCGCCGUCACAGCUGUUCUCCUCUGCAUCACACUGGAUCUGGUUGGUCCAGCUUCAGCUGCCAAUUCCAUGAAGGCCUUGACCUGUUGUACAAAAUUCAUCAAGAAGCCAAUACCCUUCGAGCGUAUCCGGGGCUACAGAGAAAUAUCUGGCACAGAAAACUGCCGCAUCAAGGCCAUCAUUUUCUACACCAAAAUGAGGAAAGAGAUUUGUGCCAAACGAGACGACAAGUGGGUGGACAGGGCUCUGGAGUUCCUCAGUGCAAAACUGAAGAUGAUGGCAAAGCCAGUCACUGAUGCACGUGGAAGUCCGAGCCAGAAGAGAAUCUCAUCAUUGAAUGAUGGAAGUGAAACUUUCUCCAGCACUGCAGAAACCAUCCCAAGCAGCACGGAUGGAUUGUAUUGGUAAAAACCAGGCUGAGACUUUUUUAAUAGAAAUCAGAUUAAACAAUUUGGGUAGUAGAAAAAUGAGACCUGCUUUGAUCCAGUCAUAUCGGGAAAAAGAACGACUUGCUUAUUACAAUAACUUGCUUUCACAUAUGCAGCAUUAAAUUUUAUACUUCUAUAUAUAACAAGCGUCUCAUCACCAAGUAAUCAUGACAUCAGGAGACCAGAUUUGAGGCGAGCUUAAUCUUUGCGCUUUGUUGGAUAACAAAUAUUAAUGUGUACAAUUGUACUUUUUAUUUUGUAUUACUCAUGUUUUUAUUCUGCUGCUUACUCAGGUUAAUGGGCUAAAGUACGCUGUUAUAAAGCGUCUUAAUCAAAUAAAUGUAAUUCAUAAUACUCUGA